AUGCCUCCCAAAAAGGGGGGUCAAGAGAAUGGAGGGGACGAAAAGAGAAAAAGAGACGGAAAGAAGUCUGAUAACAUCAAGUUCAACGGCAUCAACAUGGCCAAGCUCAAAAGCGAUCUGGGGGGAGCAAGAACAAACCAGGAGACGGUGAGAAAGCAGAUUGAAGAGUUGUUGCCGCAGUAUCUUGGGUUGUCCGCAGGCGAACGCGCUGGGUUUCUAAAGAAUAAGGGCAAGGUAUUCAAAAAGCUAACCAGGAACAACGCCGCAGCACGCUUGACUAGAUUGCAAUCAGAGCUUGAGGACUUCCUAUAUUAUCAGAACACGGUAAACAGACGGUUGAGGUUUAAUCCGGACCGACCAACAGCUGUGCAGAAAGAGGAUGGACGUAGACUCAACAUGCCACCAAUGCUGAUAAAUUCUCAUGGAGACGACCCUCGAAAGGUCCAGUACCUUCGUAACAUGCUGGAGUACUAUGACCGGAGAAAGAUUGGAACGGGACUGUCCAGGUACCGUGAAGCGAACAUCGAAACUGGAGAGGUAGACGACGGGACUGGCGCGCCGCCAAUUCUGGUGGAACCUGAGGACCUUCAUCUUAUUACUCCGAUGUGGAGACGUGCACCUGGAGGCCUUCGAGAAGAGGAAGUACGUCUAGCCCUGGAGCAAGCCGCACGAGACCCGAUACAAUUUCGGGUGAAUGAAGACGCUAUAGAGGCUCGUCGCGCAGAGUUCGAGAAUAUCGUUGACGACGAUGCAGACCUAGAGUACAGGACGCACACGGAAAGACGUGCGGCCGAGCUUGAGGCUUACGCAGACACCAGACCAAGUACGGCCAACAUCUUUGUCAGGACUAACGCGGAGGGCGGUCAAAUCGACGAAGAUAGGUUUCGCAGAAUCCAGACAGCGUCAGGAGUCUUCGUUGCCGCGCGAGAAUCAUCCCAUGAUUGGCUUACAUCGUACGACUGCUUGGGAUUGGUGAAGAUCAGUGGUAUCCCAGAGCACUUCGAGACCAGUGCUGUCCGCGAUGAAGAUCGUUUCUACGAUUCGCCUGACGAAGACGAGGAUUUCGAUGCGCCGUUUGACCCGCCCAGUGAUGAGAUGGAAGGCGGUAACGAUGGGGAACAUGAAGAGGGUGUUGGGCCAGCGAAUGACGGUGCUAGUGAGGAUCUCGAAGACGACGGAGGCGAUGAUCUGCCCGUUGAUGGAGAUGGCGAAGCCCCUCAGGCCACAGCCAUGAGCGGAGAGGAGCCUGAUGAUACCGGUCGGCAGCUGAGAAAUGGGAAACAGCUAAGCAGCUCACCGAUGCCAAAGGCGAAGCGGGUGCAAAGAAAGACAGGUGGUGCUCAAGCUGACACAGUGAGUAAGGGCGCCGGCAAUGAUGCAGGGCCAGCGAAGGGUUUAAAGAAGAAAGGCGCGAGCAAGCCUGCUCCUGGGAACGGUACCAAGGGGUCAACAGAGGACGAAAGCCGGGAAAGGGUCACAGCUAGCAUCGACUAUCCAUACAACAAGCGGGAGUUUUGUCUUCCGAAGAGAACUCGUUGGGUCGCGGACGGCCGGCUACUGUCAACGGUGUGGGCGGAGGCAACAGACGGUAGACGAGAGAGACAUGUCGGCAUGAUUAAAAGACCCUACUCUCCAGUGAACUCACCUCCUCAUUCACCUAUCGACCCAGAUGCAGUGGACAUAUCCACAAUACCUGACGGGAACGGUGUGCCGAACGAACCCAAGCUACGCAGGUGCAAGCAUGGCAACGCAAUUUGUCGUGCGUGGUGGCCGCACGCGACGGAUGAGUGUUGGUCACUCCAUGAAGAGUCAACCUCCUUGCCAACUAAUCGAAUGGAAAUCGACGCACCAGUCAUGCUCGAUGUCCCCGAAGGAAGUCGUAAGACGUAUCAUGGCCGGCUACAUGAUCACUACGGUCGGAGGAUUCGAGGUAAAGCGACAUGGCCCCGAAUAGGUAUCAGAGUGCCGUAUGAGCCCACUACACUCUACACUCACCCCACUAAGAGUGUUAAGCACAUAAGUGCGCCUCUCCAAGGAUGGCGUUCUCUUGCGGUGCCGGUCAUAGAAAAGGCGCUGCAUGAGAAGAACCAGUGGAACUCGGACCCAGACCCAACGGACAGCGGCGACGAGUACGACGAAGGCGACGAGGGUGAAUCCGACGACGAAGAUGAUCUUUUCCGCACGUCGUACGAGCAAGGUUCCUUUCCAAACGGCCGGCCUGCGCCUGUUAUACCACCGACGAUGGCCCCGGGUACCACCGCCCCAGCCGAUACAGCUCCAGCAAGUGCUGCUACUGAAGCUAUCGCGCCUGCAGAGGAUGACGAAGUGGGUGAUGAUGCAGAGAAUCUGUAG